AUGUCUCAUUAUCACAGCGGCGAUUUUGAAGAGAUGGAGGAUGAGCACGACAUGAACGGGGCAGUCCAUGACAUGGAGGGGGAGGAUGAGUACCAAGAGCUCGUGGUUAGGGACUCUGAUGCGGAGGAAGAAGACGAUGCGGACCAAUUGCAUAAGCUCUCCGACACAUCAGCAGCAGAGGCAAGAAGUGGGAAAGAUAUUCAAGGAAUACCCUGGGAGACGAUAGAAGUCACAAGAGAAACAUACAGGCAGGCCCGACUAGAGCAGUACAAGAACUACGAGAACAUACCUAAUUCUGGAGAAGCAGCAAUGAUGGCAUGCAAAUCUACCGAGAAAGGAAGAACAUAUUACGAAUUCAGACGAAAUACUAGAUCCGUGAAAUCCACUAUCUCUCACUUUCAGCUGAGAAAUUUAGUAUGGGCGACAUCCAAACAUGAUGUCUACCUGUUAUUGCAUUACUCUGUACUUCACUGGUCGGCCUUAAAUGGCGUGGAUACAGAAAUUAUGGAUGUACAUGGGCAUGUUGCACCAAGUGAGAAGCACCCAGGAAGCUUAUUAGAAGGUUUUGUUCAUACUCAAAUUAGUACCAUGGCAGUGAAGGAUAAUUUGCUAGUAGCUGGUGGUUUCCAAGGAGAGCUAAUAUGCAAACACCUUGACCGAGAAGGAAUAAGCUUUUGCUGCAGGACAACAUAUGAUGAUAAUGCAAUUACCAAUGCAUUGGAGAUAUUCAAUACAUCUAGUGGAGCUCUUCACUUCAUUGCAUCUAACAAUGACUGUGGGGUAAGAGAGUAUGAUAUGGAAAGAUAUCAGUUAUUUAAGCAUUUCCGAUUUGAUUGGCCAGUGAAUCACACAUCAUUGAGCCCUGAUGGAAAGCUUGUUAUUAUUGUUGGUGAUGACACAGAUGCUUUGCUCAUUGAUGCUAAUUCAGGAAAGACUAUUCAUUCCGUGAAAGGUCACUUGGAUUACUCCUUUGCAUCGGCUUGGAGCCCAGAUGGUCUGACAUUUGCCACUGGUAACCAAGACAAAACUUGCCGGAUUUGGGAUGCCAGAAAUCUCUCCCAGUCUGUCCAUGUCUUGAGAGGCAACGUUGGAGCAAUAAGAUCUAUUCGUUUUACAUCUGAUGGGCAGUUCUUGUCGAUGGCAGAGGCAGCAGACUUUGUCCACAUCUUUGACAUCAAAAGUGACUACAAUAAGAGACAGGAGCUGGAUUUCUUUGGUGAGGUAUCCGGUAUGUCUUUCAGCCCCGACACGGACACACUUUACGUUGGAAUCUCGGAUAGGACAUAUGGAAGCCUACUUCAGUUUGGCCGCCUCUAUGACUAUUCAUACCUCGACUCACUACUAUGA